AAACUGAGAUGAGAAUGUUUUUUUCACUGUUUCUAAUAAUCAGCUUUUUCUUCACAGCUCAGCUACAAGCAGAGUCUGACAAUGAAAUUAUUGCACAUUUAAAGCAAACUGCAUCGCAGGGAAGAGAACUGGGAAAUGUUCCUGAACAUCAACAGACCUGUUCAUAUGACAUUCCUGCUCUGCUGAAAGAGAUGAUCGCCUCUGUGGCUGCACUGAAGGUCGAGAUGAAGUACUUACAGAGAGACAACGAAGCCCAAGCAGCUAAGAUAAACGAGCUGGAAUUGCAAAAGACAGAGCUGGAAAAGCUGAAACUACAGUACCAAGAUCAAGAAAAAAAGAUGAAAGACCUGGAGCUGCAAAAGUUUGAGCUGGAGAAGCUGAAACUACAGUACCAAGCACAGGACGGAGAACUGGCUACUAUUAAAACCAGAGCAAACAUCACAGAAAACCAGUUGGAGGUUCUGAAGACAGAAGGAGAAGUGAAACGUGUGGCUUUCUCAGCCUCUUUGUUGGCCUCUGGAUCAGGAGAUGUUGGACCAUUUAACGCUCACACUAACCUGGUCUUCAGACAUGUUUUUACAAAUAUUGGAAAUGCCUACAACCCACAUAGCGGGUUUUUCAUUGCACCAGUGAGAGGAGUCUACCAAUUUCAGUUCUACGUAUAUGGACAUGGACAUGCUUCACAUGCUUCAGCUGCUGUGCUGGUGAAGAAUGGAGAACAUGUGUGCAUAGCAUAUGAAUAUCAGCCUUCUCAUGGUGCUGCAAGUUCUAACGGAGUCAGCCUACUGUUGGAGGUUGGAGAUGUUGUGUUUAUGCGUCAAUGGGUUAACACAAGGAUUUAUGACAACGGAAAUCGUCAUAAUACCUUCAGUGGCCAUCUGCUUUUCACCAUGUGAACAACUACAAACACUGCAGUAGUGUAUCACCUUAUUAGUACUAGUUUAUUUGUUAUUAAAUAUUAGAACUACAUG